UUAGCUAGGAGAAAUAAGACCGCACAGAAAGCUUAGUUAUUUCCCUUCAGUCAUUCCUUAACUCAGCUUUUAGUGUGUUUUUUAAGUUUCUACAUGCUGUCUAAAUGGGCGCGUUUUACUGUGCCAUAUGUAGGCAGACGACAUUCACGGGAAAGGGACACAUCUUCGGAAAAAAUCACCAGAGCAGGCUGAGAGUAGUUCUUCUUAAAUUCUUAGAAAAGGUGAAGGAAGCCCGUCGAACACUGAAAAAACCUCAAGUAGAAAAGUUUGAUUGCACUCAGCACAAGGAGACAUUCUGGUGCUACUGCUGUGCGCUUGAAAUUGAAAGAAAUGUUACAGACAACAACAUGACGGUGCUGUACGGAGGCCUAUUAGAGCACAUGGCCACCCCAGACCACAGGAAGAACACACACAAGUUCUGGUGGGAAAAUAAGGCCGACCCCAAGCUCAGAGACAAGGUCCUCAUCUCAGAAGAGGAAACUGAAAGGUUUAAAGUCGAGGUGGAAAAAGUGUUGGAAACAUUUGUGGAGAAGGAAGAUGAGUUCAUUAAACAGCAAGCUGAUCACAUCCGGGCCCAGGAGAAGAAUCGUCAAGAGGUCCUUCAGGCUCUUUUAGAGCGUGACGCAGAGCCAGAGUCAUCCAAUGGACCCAACAGCACAGACAUGUCUGCAGAUGAUGCCAUCAGCUCUCAGUUUACUGCUCAGGGGUCAGACCAGCAGGCGGGAAGCAGCUUUGUCGACUCGAUGGUUGAACUACCGUGGGCUGCAACGGGACAAGGCCUGACUUUCAUAGGUUAUCAGGAUUCAUCAAAUAGUGGAAAUGUUCACACAGGAGCCGUCCCUCCUUGGCUUCAGGACGAUCCUGUGGAGGGGACCUCCAAAGCUGAAACACAUCUGGAGAUCGGACCAUCGCUCCAAGAGUUCCUCAAACAGAAGGAGCAAGAGAAGCUAAGGAAGCUUCCACCCAACAGAGUGGGGGCCAACUUUGAUCACAGCUCACAUACAGAUGCCAACUGGCUCCCAUCGUUUGGCAGAGUGUGGAACAGUGGCCGACGCUGGCAGUCCAGGCACCAAUUCAGACAAGAGGAAGGUCAGAAGAACAGACAGAAGAGGAAGAAGGAGCACGGCACAGAGGGGUCAAAGAAGGCUAAAACGACUGAACAGCCGACAAAUUCUGACAGCAUUUAAAAUGGAGUAUGUUGUGUUGGAGUGGAGAGAUGUAUGGAUAGUUUGCAACAUGUGAAUGAGGUGUUCUACUGUUUGUGAAGAAUUGUACUGAGCAGAAAUGCCCAGUGUGUGUAUAUAUGGGAAAUUGUAUGUAACAUUUAUAACAUAAUUAGAAACACAUUCCAGUUUUCAGUAUAAAUAUUAACUUAGCAUAUUAAGGAGUAUCUUUUGGAUAUAUUUAUGCUAAAAGUUACAUUUUGAUAAAUUAUUUUUUGUAUAAAACUUUAUGGUCCAACUUCACCAUAGCAUUUCUAAAUACUACCAAUUACCAAUACUCUGAGGCACACUCAUAAAUGAAAUCAAUCAAUCAAUGGAUUGAUCAAUCAAUGGAUUGAUUGACAGAAAACCUUCAUUUCAAGUACUUAUCCUGCCUAAAUUCUCCCAGCAGCAAGUUUAUUGAGGAUGUGACUGUUUUAGCAAGUAAGCAACAGGGGGCGCCAGCCACUCAACUAACAUAGGCACCUACCAUUUGAUGAGAUAAGAGCUGACAUAAAGGCACUCUAAAAAAAAAGCCAACUCUCAGAUAAUUACAUGGUAAAAACCUAAACUGUAGUAUCCAGUUUGAAGAAUGUAUGUCCCAGUGUGGCAAAAAAAAUUGUUUCCAAGACCAUGAACAAUAAACGCCAAAAGAUGAACUUUCAUUUCCCUUUUCAGAUAAUGUUACGCCUGGAAAGGCUUAAAGGCUGCAUAUAUCCAAAUGUGUGUGUCACUUUGAGAUAAAAUGUGAUAAACUAUCUGAAAACAAUUAUGAAUGUGCAAAUAAGUAUCUUCUCUUUUUGUCAAUAGA